AUGAACCAUUUUAACAUGAGCUCCAAACGAGUUUGCCAAAAGGUGCGUUGCUGCUGCACAGGCCACUAGAUGGUGCUGUUGCUCCUCCCCAGAGUUCCUGGUUCGUGUCAGAAGGUGGAGGUGCAGCACCUCCUUCAUUGUCUGAGCAAGAACCAACGGGAGAAGAUCUGCUCGCAGGUCGCUUUGGUGAAAUCCCGUCUCUCUCCGCGGCUCACUCGCUCAGACGGCCGUCAUGGCGACCGCAGAGAGCCUCGGCUGCGGAGCUAACCGCGUUUAAAAACUCCCUUGGGAUUCACAUUUUCUCUCCGUGCGCCCGGACGUGGAUCUAAUAUCUUCAUUUCAGCUGCGGGAAAUAGUUUAGCUUGGUCAAGCCCGCAUAACCAGAAAAGAGAAGAAGGGUGUGGAUGGCAUUGCACGAAUUUUCCUCAUCAGACGCAGCAGCAAUCGGUCAGGUUUCCUCUCCGUAAUUUGAUUCGUGGAUCACCGUGACAUUUAAAUGAUCAAUACCUCACCAGGAAGUGUGCAAAUGUGAUCUGCCAGCUUAGUUUCCACAGUGCGUGUCCAGUUUUUGCAGUGAACAUCCCAGAGCACCAUGGCAGAGCCAGAACCAGAGAACCUGUCUUCUGGAGCAGGUCAGCGUCUUGGAGCCCCUGAGACUCUUGGCAUCAGUACAUUGGACCCAGGCCACAAGCCCCCGGCCAUGCCCUCUGGGCGACAUGUCACUGUCACGGUCCGUAUGUUGGAUGACACGGAAGAGGUUUUUGACGUCUCGCAAAAAGCGUCGGGCAAGGUGCUAUUUGACCUGGUGUGCUCCCACAUGAAUCUGAUUGAAGGCGACUACUUUGGCCUGGAGUUUCAAAAUCACAAAAGCAUGAUGGUUUGGUUGGACCACAUCAAACCGAUUAUUAAGCAGCUUCGACGACCGAAAAACACAACCCUGAGGUUCAGUGUGAAGUUUUUCCCCCCUGACCAUGCGCAGCUGCUGGAGGAGCUGACGAGGUACCUGUUUGCCCUCCAGAUCAAGCAGGAUCUCUCCAGUGGACGCAUGACGUGCAACGACACCAGCGCGGCUCUGAUGGUCUCCCACAUCAUCCAGUCUGAGAUUGGGGACUUUGACGAGAGCCACUGCCGCUCACACCUGCUAAACAACAACUACAUUCCAGAUCAGAUGCCCCUGAUCGACAAAAUCAUGGAGUUUCACUCAAAGCAUAUAGGUCAGUCACCAGCAGAGUCAGAUUUUCAGUUAUUGGAGGUUGCUCGCAAGCUGGAUUUUUACGGGAUUCGGCUGCACCCUGCCAAGGAUCGGGAAGGUUCGAAGUUAAAUCUGACUGUGGCGCACACCGGCGUUUUGGUCUUCCAGACACACACGAGGAUCAACGCCUUCAACUGGUCCAAAAUACGCAAGUUGAGCUUCAAGCGAAAACGUUUCCUCAUCAAGCUAAGGCCAGAUCUAAAUAGCUCCUAUCAGGACACGCUGGAGUUUUUGAUGGCCAGCAGGGAUUGCUGUAAAGUCUUCUGGAAGAUCUGUGUGGAAUAUCACGCCUUCUUCCGCCUCUUUGAGGAACCUAAACCCAAACCCAAGCCUAUGCUCUUCACACGAGGAUCUUCCUUCAGAUUUAGCGGUCGCACACAGAAGCAGGUGAUUGAUUAUGUGAGGGAAUCAGAGUUCAAGAAGAUCCCGUUUGAAAGGAAACACAGCCGGGUCCGAUACAGCAGUCGAGUUCAACACAACAGUCGUCUGUCGCCGCUGCCUUCUCCUCGCCACCAUGAAGUGCCAUCAGAAAGUGGUGUUCCUGAGGACUUGUCCUCUUCUUCUCCUCCUCAGCAUCACUGGAAGGAGUCGGUAUUCGUCAGUGUCGAAGACCCAGUGGCUUCACAAACUUCAAAGAUGAGCCCGAACCAUCAAAGAAACGGCCACGAAGACGGAAAGGAGUCCGUUUCCAAGCCUGAGGAAUCAAGACUGUCAACACGACAGAUGUCCCCAGAACAUCCGAGCCAAGGUCCAGCAUCUUGGUUUGCCAAAGGCAGCAGCUCAGCCAGGAGUUGUGUAGAUAGCAAUUUGAACAUGGGAAGGGAGCAGGCCAGCAGAACAAAUCAGAGUUAUGGUGAGGACUUCAAUUUGCGUCGGGAUUCAGGUUCCCAGCAGGAGCAUUUACUGGGCAAGACGCAGUACAGGGAGUCUCCUUUGCUCAACAUGAACCAUGAGCCAUAUCGGUCUCUCACGCAGUCACGUCCAAAGUUUGACCUUAGUCCUGGUUACAGCACAGUGGGGGAAAUCAGAGGCCAUAACAGAGAGAGGCAGAGCAGCAGCCCCCUCCCAGGUCAACAUACGUUUGGCUCAAGGAGUGUUGUCUCCAAUCCUGCCAAUAAACCCACCCACCGAGCACCUUCUCUCACUCACGCUGAGCAGAAUGGCUACACGCCCCCCCUGUUUAAUGACACAAGAUGCUCUCCCCACCCGAGCCGAUCGCCUCGCUUACACAAUCUCCAAAAAGCACAUCACGCCUCGUGUGCAGACCCGCAUCAGGGUGCGUCCUCACCACGGCCAGAUUCACGCCCGGUUAUGUCUCGGGCCGAGCGCAUGGCAGCUCUCGAGCGACGCAUGACGGCCAACGGCCUCACGGCACCAGGGAGGUUCCGGGCCGGAAAGAAACGGUUAGGACAGGUCGGAGUCAAACACGUGGAGGCCGUGCAAAUGUGUGAGGGCUCCACCACCAGUGGGUCAGAGUCAAGCGAGUCUGAGGGAGAGGACAGAGGGAACUGCAGCAACAGUACGGUGGAGGCUAGCGCUCCUAUACCGAGAAACAAAUUCUCCUUUGGGAGCCUCCAGCUGGAUGAGGAGGCAGAGGAUGAGGAUGGAUGCCAUAAUUUUAGUGAUGAGGAAGAGAGGGAGAUGGGCGUGUUGCAGCCACAACAUAGUGUGGCUCCCCAAAGCCCUCCGCCGUCCGGACACCCCCACGGGAUGGUGAACGGUCAGAAGUCCCUGGAGUUGUGCAGCCACAGUUUCGACGGUCGUCAGCCUUCGCCUCUGACCAGCCCGCUACUCAACGACGCUUGCAGCAUUCGCACUGAUGAUGAAGAUGAGGUCCGGAGAAAGAGGUUUCCCACUGACCGAGCCUAUUUCAUCGCCAAAGAGCUGCUGACCACAGAGAGGACAUAUCUGAAGGACCUGGAGGUGGUGACUGUGUCUUUCCAGAGUGUUGUGGGACAAGACGAGGAGACCCCUGACUCCCUGAAGAACACCAUCCUCUCCACCUUUGAGCCGCUUCACAAGUUUCACACUGGUUUCCUCAGGGAGGUGGAGCAGAGGCUGGCCAUGUGGGAAGGACGUUCCAAUGCACACAUUAAAGGAGACUACCAGCGCAUUGGAGAUGUGAUGCUGAAAAACCUUCAAGCUUUGAAGCCUCUGACAACAAACAUGCACAAGCACUCCGACAUCCUCCUCGAGCUGGAGAAGGCGUGCAAAGCGUCCCGUAGGGUGGAAAAUUUAUGCAGAGACUUCGAGCUGCAAAAGGUGUGCUACAUCCCCCUGAAUGUCUUCGUCCUACGACCUCUCCACCGCCUCAUCCACUACAAGCAGAUCCUGGAGCGCCUGUGCAAACACUACUCAGCCACUCAUGAGGACUUCAGGGACUGCAGAGCUGCUCUGGCAGAUGUUUCUGAGGUGGUGGACCAGCUCCAGGGGAGUCUAAUCAAGAUGGAGAACCUCCAGACGCUCCUGGAGCUACAGAAGGAUUUGCUCGGUGUUGACAAUCUUGUGGUUUCUGGUCGAGAGUUCAUCAGGUUAGGCUGCCUUAGCAAACUGUCCGGAAAAGGCCUUCAGCAGCGAAUGUUUUUUCUGUUUAAUGACGUCAUUUUGUACACGAGUCGAGGGAUGACACCGACCAAUCAGUUCAAAGUGCACGGGCAGCUGCCUCUCCGUGGCAUGACAAUCAGAGAGAGCGAGGAGGAGUGGGGUGUGCCUCACGCCUUCACCCUGGUUGGACAGGGACAGUCGGUGGUGGUAGCAGCAAGUUCGCUGACGGAGAUGGAGAAGUGGAUGCAGGACAUCAAGAUGGCGAUAGAGAUGGCAAAAACCAGCAACGGUCCCACGUCGGACGUGCUGACCUGCACGCUGACUGAUAACAGUCCUCUCUCCCCUCACCAACCCUCGCGCUCCUUGUCCAGCUCUAACCACCUCCCGACUUUCCCAGAAUGCCCGGAGGACUCCUCGGCUGAGGCAGAGUCCGAGGACGACACGGCAGCUUUAAACACGUCGCUGGAGAAGCCCACACCUCACCGUGGCAACACCAUGGUGCACGUGUGCUGGCACAGGAGCACCAGUGUGUCCAUGGUGGACUUUAGCGUAGCUGUGGAGAAUCAGCUGUCGGGAAACCUGCUGCGAAAGUUCAAGAACAGCAACGGAUGGCAGAAGCUGUGGGUGGUCUUCACCAACUUCAGUCUGUUUUUCUACAAAUCUCACCAGGACGAUUAUCCUUUGGCCAGCCUCCCUCUGCUGGGAUACUCGGUCACUGUUCCCGCUGAAAAUGAAAACAUUCACAAGGACUACGUCUUCAAGCUACAUUUUAAGUCUCAUGUGUACUACUUCAGAUCGGAAAGUGAAUACACUUUUGAGAGGUGGAUGGAGGUCAUUCGCAGCGCUACGGUCUCCUCCAGCCAGGCCCGCCUCGUGAACAGCAAAGAUCCCCACCCUCACUGAUUCAGUCGGAGUUGAUUUUUUUCCCCGUAUCACAUAUGGGUGGCAUCUGCCCGUCUCGUCCUGCCCCGUCCCUCAGCGACACUUUGCUUUCCUCCUCUACACAUCUGGGACAUUUAUACAUGUGUACAUGCACACUUUGUGCUCUUUAUUUUUUAAUGCUUUAAAUGGUGACACGUCCGCUGGUUUAGACUGCAUCAGAGACUGCGUUUUUAUUCUCCAACUCUAAAACCUCUUUUUAACAGAUGUCAUUUUAUACAGCCUUUCUAACAGUCUGAAUCACUUUCCAGACUCUGGUUUUACAUUUUGUCAUUUUUGCAGCGGGAACACAUGAUGUAGACUCUUUCUUAGGCGGUAAAACUUCUCUCAGCGUUGUCGGUUUUGUUUUGAGCUUGAAAGUUUUGAGCUGCAUUGUCAGUGCCAAAUUGGUUUGUAGCAACGUCAGGGACUUUUUAAGGAGUAGGAUGGUCCCACUGUCUACUCAUAAAAACAGACCACCCUUUAACUGUAAAAGCUCUGCUCCCAGCUGGUCCAGCACAACAUUGUUGCUGAAGAAACAGAUGAAAGCAUAAAAUUAUUUUACUACCAGUGGUAGCUGCCAUCAUCACAAAUGCUGUCUUAAAUAAAGUAAUUCUUCUACUUGCUGAUCUUCAUUCUAUGGAAACUGAGUAUUUUUUAAACCCUGGAAUUAUUCAGCUGGUUGGGACAUGGCGAUGUCUGUUCAUAAUUGUUGCUGCAUUUUGAGGGAAUGUGGAACUGAAAGCUUUAAGGAUUGUGUGUGUGUGCGUGCGUAUGUGUGUGAAAGAGAAACAAAGUAAAAACUUUCAGAUCAAAACCAUUCGUCAUCCUGACUCCUGCAUACAGGUGUUUUUAUGGUCCUGAAUGAGUGAAGAUAUGCAACUAAGUGUUAUGAAAUGGAAAAAAUUAUGAUUCUGCUUGGAAGUUUCUUUUUUUUUGUGUAUGCUUUUGGUUUUGAGACAAGAAGGUUUUUGGAAAUUAAAGCAAUAAAAACUUAA